GCAGCCAUGGCGCCGCUGCGCUGCGUUUUGCUGGCGCCGCUGUUGCUGUCCGCGCUGGCGCUCGCCCUGAGCCCCGCGGCUGGGGAGUCGCGCCGGCCCCUGGCGCUGGAGGCGCUGGGCGAGGCGGGGGAGCUGGCAGAGGAGCUGUGGGGCGCGGGGCUGCCCGGCGACCUGCCCGAGCUGGAGCCCGAGUGCCGCCGCCUCCUCGCCGCCUUCGCGGAGAGCAGCGCGGCGCUGACGGGCUGCCUGGGCCAGCGCGCCCGCCCGGUGCAGCUCUGCCAGGCCUGCCACCGCCAGUACCGCCACCUCCUCGCACAGUACGGCAACAUCGCCCGCGCCGUCGGGAAUUCUUCUGAGAGCCACAAUUGUGCCAAAAGCAUCUUGACCUCUGACAGGCUGCAGGUAGUUGUGACCCUUUCGGAGUUCUUUAACGAAACGUGGGAGGCAGCCAACUGCGCAAACUGUUUAAAGAACGGCAGUGAGGGAUUAUCAAAUUCUACAGUAGAAUUCCUGGAUUUAUUCAAUAAAUCUCUGACAUGUUUUGAACAUAACCUUCAGGGACAAACCAUCUAUCUGUCACCAAAUAACUACACAGAAGUGUGUAAAAACUGCAAUGAAACCUACAAAAUGUUGAGUGACCUGUAUAACCAUUUGCAAAGGAUGAACCGGCAAGGUGGUGAGUCUGGGCACUCUGCACACUUGUGCAUCGACGUGGAAGACGCAAUGAACAUCACUCGGAAGCUUUGGAGCAGGACUUUCAACUGCUCUGUUCCCUGCAGCGACACGGUUCCGGUGAUUGCAGUCUCGUCCUUUAUCCUCUUCCUACCUGUUGUAUUUUACCUCAGUAGCUUCCUUCACUCGAAGCAGAAGAAACGGAUACUUAUUUUGCCCAAGCGCAUCCAGUCAAAUGCCAGUCUUGUGAACAUCCAAGAAAAAUACAGCUGAGCUGCAAAACAAAACCUGAGAACUGCUGCUGGUAUACAGUGGGUACAAUUGUGUUGGAAUGAGGCCGGCACAAAAGAGGAGUUAAUUAUGGUUUAGUGUAAUGAUACAGAGCAACACAAGUUAAACAAAAUGCUGUCUGACUUCUAAGCAAGGAUAUUAACAAACAUGACAAGGCAGGACUGUGUGACACUGUAUGGACUCUGGUUUUGAAAAAUCUGUGUUUUUAUUCCAGUUUUGGACUGAAGCUGGUGUUUUUCUUUUUCAAAGCUUUUGUACUUUUCAUCAAUAGAAUAGCUACACUUUCCUUGCAUGGUAUUUUUUCCAUAUUCUUCGUAUCUGUUCCACAGAAACCUGAGAUUCUGAUUCUUUUUGAGGUGAUUUCCAUAGACAGACAAAACUUGAAAUAAUAUUUGAUGUUCCCGCUUGAAACAUUACAUUUAGUUCCACGUAAUAUUCAGUCUUGUCAGGCUUGGGGUGGAUGGGCGACCUCUACAAAAGAUACAGUUCCUGUCUUUCCUAUACUGCUCCAAAGUCAUGCUGCUGGUUUCUGUUAAAAGAGAGACAUGAAAUACACAGAGAAAGUGGUAAUAUAUAAUGUCCAAAGCCAGCAACAAAAGCAACAGAACUGCCAGUGCUAGACUUGGACAGUAAUCACUGAUGAGCACAGUAUUUGUUUUUCUCUGAAGCAGGUGGCAUAUUUAGUCAUUUGCACACUUCAACCACUAAAAUAAUUGCUUUUCAAAUGUUAUAUUUUCAGAGGCUAUUUUAGAUGUCCAUUUGGGUAAUUACUUCACUGUCUGCUUCACUGUAUGUCUGUUUAUUGUGUUAUUUGCUUAUUGAUGAUAAAGGGUGUUUUGGUUUUUGUAGAGGAAAAGUGAGGUAAAGUCGAGUCACUGGAGAUGAUGAACUUCCUGGUGUAAAGCUUGCUAUGACUUAAUACAGAGGUGUUUACAGGAACUUUGUAGGGGAAAGUUAACUUUUCUAGAAAAUACGUAUUUAUCUCUUAACUUAACUGUCCUGAGGGACAACGAAGGUACUGUGUUGCAAAUCAGUGGUUUUCAAGAACUAGUUUAAAACAGUGAGGCCUAUGAAAUAGAUAAAUGUAAACACAUUCAAGCUUGCAGGAUGCCAAAGCUGAUGGAGAAAUUGGUAUCAUUCUAACAGUGGGUUGGUGCUAGUGACAGACUGUCAUAGGGCACAAUUCAAUGGCUGCAACAAUACCGACAGUUCGGUUCGCUUGUGAUAGUCCCGACGUGGGAGAGUCAUGGGAUUGACAUGAUUUAGAGCUGGACUUGAGGUUAAUGAGUGCCAGAGCCUUCGCUGCCAUUUUUAAAUGUGUUUUCUAACAUUGAGGUACAAAUGAAUGGCUGCAACAGCUGAAAAAUUAAAAUUUCUCUUGGAAUCUGUGUGCCUGAUGUCUGUCCAAAAACCUCCCGUGAAGCGGUUUUCUGUAUUUGACUUGCUCUGGAGCCUAGAAUGUUAAUUUUUUCCUUUGCACUAAGGCUCAAAUAAAUGUAUAACAAUGUAACAAAACAGUCCUGGAGCUCUUGAAGUCGUUGAUCUUCUUGCUUUUCAGGUUAUUUUUUGUGGGUUUUUUGAACGAGGACCUAUGUCGGUGUUGAAGUCAAGUUGACAGUACAUCUAAUCUUAAGUGAGGUACUGUCUCAGCAAUCAGUCCCACCCAUCUGGUUAUUGCCUGUUUGUAUUUUAUGAGCAAGAAGUAUUUUAUCUCCCUUUGAUGAAACAAGUCAAUUACUAGGUCAACAGUUUGUGUUCUAGGUAGUUUACAACAGCAUCAUAAAACCUGUGUUGCUGCUGCUUGUUAUGUAAAGUUACCUUCUCAUGUCUGGGAGAGGCAGUGCUGCCUUUAAAAAGAUAAUAAUAAAAGGAGAUUAUUCUUUUUAUAUCUACUAUUCUUAAACUUCAACUUUCUGGGACUUGUUCAGCUGCCUGCUCUAAUAGCAUUACAUCGAUUUGGGACAUCAUAUGAUUGAGAGCUGUUCAAAGCAAUCUUUCAUUCACGCAGAUAAAGCCAGUUUGUAUGUGCAGCGUUUCAGAAUGACAGCUUUUAUACUGUAAGCGGUGGCUUUUUGAGCACAUUCAUGUUAAGUAGGUCUGAAAGUCAUUACUUUUGGAUAUGGUGGUUAAGCACUUUAAAAAAAACAAACCAAAACAAAAAUCAGCUUUCCUUAUUUUUCUGGCUGCUAAGCCAAACGGAAAUACUCAUGUGACUUUUGUUGGGUUUUAUUUUAAAGCACCAGUAAAGUUUACACUUGAGACUUUUAAUACUGCGUCUGUUAUUUCCUCUUUUAUUUUGUUUUUGUUUUCCUCCCUCCAAACUUUGUACUACUAACUUUCUUUACACAGUGUUAUAUUUUUGGUAGGAUAUUUCAUAUGUAAACGGAUUGAAUUCUCUUUGUACUCAGUUUCCUAGAGAAAUGUGGAAGCGCACACACACGCACUGUUGAACUUCUGGAACUCUUUUUGCUGCUAGUCUUUCAUCUUGGUUUGUUUCUGGCCUUUUUGGUAUUCUGGAGGAACUCUGAAAUGCUGUAUCUUUUUGUGCAAAUAAAGAUUUCUUACUGUGAGGUAGCGCUUUCGUUUAUAUUUAUACUUCCCAGGAAGCCUCUGAACAGGGAAAGUCAGCUCUAAUAAAGAUUGUCAAUAAACAAUGA